AAAAUUUGUUAAAAAGUUAUAAAACAACAUUUGUCAUGAGUUACCCCAAAAAACUGCGUUCUGAAAAACCAUUUGCUUACAAAAACUCGCAUUAAACUGUUCACGGUAUAACUCUAGGUGUUCCUCAAGGAUCUUAACGCGGGCCAAUUUUUGACAUAUAAAACGCGAAAAACAAACGAAUAAACAGUGAAUAUUAUAAAAACUGGUGUAUGAGUGUAUUAAGUGUACAUUAAAUCAUCAAAAAGUGUGUUAAAUUUUUUUUCAAGUGUGUUAAACAAUUAAGAAAGCGUAACUCAAAAUUUUACAAGUGGGUGUUUUGUCUUUUCAAAAUGAGUUUCUUCAGUUCCCUUCAACAAUAUGUUGCCAGUGGCGUCGCAGGAUUGGGUUUAAGCCCCAGAAGGUUUUCUUUGAGUCGACAAGAUUCCACAGAAGGUGAAAAAACUUCUGGAAGUCCUGGAAGUCGGAGUGGGUCUACUGGAAGUGCGCACGCCCAUGUACAAGGUUUCCCAAAAGUAGUACCGCCUCCAGGAACCACCGUGACGGGUCUCGGCCGCCGAACCGCCUCCUGCGAAACAGCCUCCCAAGGUUCGCCUCUCCGAUGCGGCGAACUCCACCAGCGCGGAGGCUCUUUCAGAAGGCCUCCUUCUGGAACUUCCCUGGGAGGCUCUCAGAUGCAGAGCGGCCUCCAAUCGGGACAGAUGGGAGGCCAAAAUUCAGCUUCACCUUCUUUGCCUCCAUUGGCGUUUUGUAAACGGAGACUUUCUUGGCCUGAGGUUCAGCAACAGAGCACUUCGGGUGUUCAAGACACCGAUGGCGGUUUCUUCGAAGCCUUCACCGCCCUUUCCUGGAAACACAUAAGAAUGAAACAGCACAAAGAGCCUUUUGGAAUGUCCCCAGAAAAACAUUACAGAUUGCUAAAUGUUGCAUCUGAAGAAAAACCACCAAUUGUUGUCUUAAGUGUAGUUGUCUUGGAAGCUGAUGGACUUGAAGCCAAAGAUGCAAAUGGAUUCUUUAGAUGA